AUGAGUCAAUCAGAUAUUCCAAUCAGGUUCUACUGUGAAGUCUUUGAGACAUUCAGAAAUUUAUUUUAUGACAACACCAUCACACUUUCUGAUAAUGAGGGAAUAUGCAAAGCUCAUCCUAGAGCUCUCAAGGAAAACUCUUUAAAAGAAGUUUUUGAACUAUAUCUUACAAAUUUGAAUGCAGCAUUUAUAAUAGAAAAUUACAAGGAUAGUAGUGCAUAUAAUACUGAUGGAACAGCUAUCAAGAGAGUUGCUGCUUAUUAUGCUAAGUUUAUGAAAACUCAUUGGAAUGUAAAUGGACAAUAUACUGAAAAGAUAUCUUAUCCUUGUUUUCUACUUACUUUGGAUGGUCACCACAAGUAUAUUAUUUUUGCUUCUAGUCCAUAUAAAUGUGUUGAAAUUCAUGUCUCAGGCCACAUCAAAGAAACAAAAAUUCGUCAUAUUAUUUAUGAAACACAUAUAUAA